AUGCAGGGCAAGAGCUCUCAACCUGAAGUUAAACCCGAGCUACCGGCUUUCGAAUGGCAGGUCACUGGCGAAACUGAGCUAGCGGAUUGUAUAACCAAAGCAACGGCAACCCUAACUCCACCCGAUGACGCUAUACUUGGAACCACCGAUGGACGACGUAAACCUUUGCCCAAGAGAAGCGAUACGUGCAGAGGACGGCUGUCAUGUAAUACAGAGUCUAGAAGAUUACGUUUAAUGCAAAUAAUAGAAGACGAAAAUUCAAGAACUAGGUUCCGGGAUUAUCUGGUGUCGCAAUAUUGCGAGGAGAAUUUGGAUUUUUACAUGGACGUUUGCCAAUACCGUGAAUUCUUUUGCUCAACGAGAAUUCAUGCCAACGACGAUAUUCGAGAAAUAAGCUCACACGCAAAAUAUAUAUGGAAUUUUUACUUGGACUCCGACACCUCUUCAAAGCCUUUAAAUGUUCCUCAAGACCUUGCAAACAAUUGUCAGCAAAAAAUCCAUUCACGACAAUACACCAUUGAUAUAUUCGACAAACUCCAGCAACAUUGUUUCGACCUCAUGGCUCAAGAUUCUCUUCCAAAGUUCACGCGCAAUUCCAUGAUCCCAGAAUCCUAUUCUACGAUUAAUCUGAGUUUGAAUUUGAACCAUCCAACCGAUUCCAAUCACCUCAAGCCUCUUUCUCUCGUUGGAAAAGUAACCUCGGGACCGCGAAAAUCUCUUUCAUCUGGUUCCCUGCGAUCGAAACUGGUGUCAACGUUGGCCUCACUGAAAACGACCACUAAUGACCUCACUUCCGUUAACCAAACCAUACCAUCAACUCCGCCUCCACGUUCUCCUAAAUCACCCGCACACUCCGUCACCUCCACAAUCAUUACCUCAGAAAAUUCCGAAGGAAACCGAUCAUCCAUGGCAUCUACGGGUUCCACCAACACCACCAAUUCCACCAUUUCUACCAGUUCCACGAGUUCUACCUUACCAACGCCGACCUCAGAUCAAGGCCGACGGUUAUCCUUCUCAGGCAUCACGCGUCGCGUACUUUCGCGUCGUCGCAAUUCUAUCAGUUUAAUAUUAGGACAAUUUUCUCUUGUCACACUUAAUUUACACAAUUCAAAUAGUGACAAAGCAAUGGUGAUGCCAGGUUCCUAUCCUCUCGAAGAUCAAGAAGAUUGUGGUGAAUGCGAGGGAUCACCUGACAACGCAGCUAUGUGGCAAAAGCUCCGUCGCAACAUUUCUACGCCCAACUUUCAAUCUCGAUCCAACACGACCAUUCGUGAAACAUGUGUCGCCGAGAAGGGUUUACCGCCUCUUCCGGAUGCAUGCGACGUCGAUUAA